CUGAACUGAGCGGAUCGAUUAUUGCUACUUUCGCGACCAACUGUUAGUCUUUUUUUUUUAUUCAUUCCUAGAGUGUUAGUUUAUCCCACCUCAGUUGAGAAAAAAAGAGUGAUCAUUGAAAGUUUAGAGAUAAUCAACAGACGCUGAGAGGAGUUGAAUAGUGAAGCAAAACAUAGAGCAAAGAUUUCGAGUGCAUGUUUGGACAAAAUUGCACACUAGCUCGUGGUGAACGAAACAAAAAUGAAAUGUUAACGUGAAUAAAUGAUUUCGAAGUGAAAGAUAGUGCACCGCAAACAGAAAAAGUGCCCCCGACUGAUCUUAAUUACGGCAGCAUAUUCGUGAGAUGAACUCGAAUCAUUGAUAAGUGUUAUCACACAGGCGACACGGAGGUGAAGUAAAAGAUAUACAUUACACCGGAGUGGGCACAAAUCAGUGAAAAUUACAUACUUGCUCGAGUGCUCCGCCAAAGCGUUUGAAGAUAAACAAAGUUGUGAACCAGAGGCGAAACAUAAACGGCUCACUGACUGUAGCAAGUGGUGCAUACAAAUUUAUGCCGCCGCCGCCACCGCAAGCGAAAGCACGCAUUUAAGAAAACGUUUUACUUAGUUAUUUAUUUUAUUUAUUGAACCGCGCGCGAGCGCUUCGAGAAAGUUCAGCUUGUACCAGCAUAAUGACCCAAGAAGUGAUGUUCUACCCAAAGGAAACGACUCCACAGACCGUUCCGGCCGGUGAUUAUACGUCGGAUUUCUUCGCCUCAUACGCUGAGCUGUUCGACCUUUCGCUGCUGACGCCGAGUGAUAGUCAAGUGCCAUUGAGUCCCCAGUCCGAGCAACAGCGUCAGCAGCAGCAACAACAGUUGCAGUCCGGUCUCCCGACCGCCAGUGCCAGUGAAGUGCUCGACUACAUUCCGGCUACAAUCUUCCAUGACGUGCCUGAGUUGGUGCAGCAGCAGACUCUGCAUCAGAUGAAACAGGAGAAACCAACAUCCUGGAACGAGAAUAUCGGCGAAUCAUCCUUGAAGUCCGUUUUGCUAGAGCAACUACAAUCUGGCCCACAGUACCAGUACUAUCCCAGCGCUUUGUUGAGCCCACCCCAGGAGCAGUACGCUGUAUUUCCGCCAUCGCCAACGCCCUCCAUUCCGGACUUCCAAAGUCUCGGGGGCAACUUUGUCACCAUUAAGCAGGAAUAUUGUUCACUUCCACCGUCUCCGCCGGACUCCAACGGUGCCCCGUCUCCGGUGCAUUGCAGCGAAAUAAAGACCGAGUUCGACGCCGAACCUUCCAUCGACAUUGAUUCGCUGCUGGGUUCCUCAAGACAACUCGAGGAAGACAGCCCCAGCAAGCUGGAGUUCCAGAUCUUGCGCGAGCACCUCCAGGACACCAGCUUCCAACGCAAGCACAACCUGAAACCAGUUGAGCUGGAGUCGUUGAUCGGUGGCCUGACGACACGCGCCGACAUCGGCUCGGUCUUUGAGCUCGCUCUGCAGGACGCCCAGGAUGGCAUUCAGGCGACCUGCAACGAGCUCGGCAUCUCCGCCGAUCCGCGCCAAUGGACAACCAGCCAGGUUCAGCAAUGGCUGCAGCUAACGAUGAACAAGUACGGCCUCACGCCACUGGCCAACAUUGCGGCGCUGUUCCCAGAAAGUGGCGACCAGCUGGCGCUGCUCUCGAUGGACGAGUUCGUGCGUCGUAUUCCACAGGGUGGCGACAAACUGCACGGGCAUCUCGAGCUGUGGAAGCAAAUCUACCGCUCGACGAUUGCUGUUGUUGGCACCACACCAUCAUCGUCGGGCACCUCGGAGGUGGCCAGCCCAGCCACCCAGGACUCCACCGGUUCCUUCGAAACGGAAUCGCUGAACGGAGACAUCAGUGAUGAUGAAGACGAGGAAAUGCCUCUGGAUACUAGCAGCAUUUCCGCGCAAGCCUCAACUUCGGGUUCGGUUGUUACCGCCGCCGCCACCACCGCCACAUCUCCUAGUGGAACCACUAAGCCCCGCCAGGGUGGUUCCCACAUCCAUCUGUGGCAGUUCCUGAAGGAGUUGCUGGCCACCCCUGACCAGCACCAGGGUGCUAUACGCUGGAUUGACCGCAGCAAGGGGGUGUUCAAGAUCGAGGACUCGGUUCGGGUCGCCCGGCUGUGGGGACGCCGCAAGAAUCGACCGGCCAUGAACUACGACAAGUUGUCCCGGUCGAUCCGGCAGUACUACAAGAAGGGCAUCAUGCAGAAGACCGAACGGUCGCAGCGGUUGGUGUACCAGUUCUGUCAUCCGUACUCACUGUAAAUGGAUCAAUUUGGAAGACAAGCAUCACAAGCGAAUCAUAGCUAGACGGAGAGUGCGUGGGAAUGAGAGUUUGAGGAAGUUUACAUGUUUGUGCCGGUACCAGCGAGUAUGAGUUUGUAGUUUUAAGAGCUAUUCUAAGUUAUUUACCAGAAUGCGAUAGCGAGUUUGCAUGAAUGAGGAAAUAUUAACACUAAUCGGAAAGUAAAUGGUUCGUUGGCAGCAAGUUGUGUGUGCGUGUAUUUCAGAUAAAUUUAAGUUUGUAGAGUCCAGGAAAUCACUCUUUUGUAUUAUCGCACUCAGCUCCGCCCGACGACAGGUGGUAUUAACUUGUCGACGCGGAGGAUAAUAUUCUUAAAAUGAUGUGAUUUAUAGCACCACUCACACCCCCAGCGUUAGACUGUAGACUGUAGCCUCCGCGCUGCCGACAGGUUCAGGGCUCGUCAGUACGACGGAGCUGCUGCUGCUGCUGCAGACAGCCAGGCGGAAUCUCUAUCGCUAAGAAUCUCAAACUUUUUGUUCUAGAGCUUACGGUGAGGUUGUAGCAUGUUGUUAGCUUGUAAGUACCACAGAGCAACGUUCAACGAUCUCGGGCUGGUGGCCGCACUGUCCUACUGUAACACCGGAAGAAGGUAAUUUCUUCACGGCGAGCAAUUUCUUGGACAGAACGCACCAAUACCGAGGCGGGAGAGGCGAGCGUUCUCUCGUUCCGUACGGAACCCUAUCGUAUAAGUCUGUACGAUCGGAGCAUUUUAAUUUUUUUUUUGCUGUAUUGCUUACCGAGUGAUCCAACUCUAGCGACUCUAACCUCGAAGAGGUGGUAAAUCAGAGCCGCUGAUUGGUCGUCGGUAAUUUUGGUCCCAUAUAUCUAUGAUAUAUUUUUAUUGUAAGUUCUAUGAACGAUACAAUUAAGUUGAAUGUUUUUCCGGGUAAAUUACAUCGAUUUCUGUAGAGUUAGGUCACAUAUCUAGAAAUAAGACGUCAAGUGUAAAGUGUAAAGAAUGAAAAUACUAGGCUAUCGUUGCAAUAUAGUUAGACGGAUCGAUACCACCACUGCAGGGUGGAUCGAUUUCUUCGUGUGUUUAGUAACAUAAAAACAAAAACAGAGGUAAAAAGUCUUCGAUGAGAACCUAGAGCUCACUUUCUCAUCGAAGACUUUUCGAGCAUAGCGUUAAACAAUAACGCUUAAUUGCUGUUUUCGUAAGAGAUUUUUCUUGCUUGGUAUUCUACCAACACUAGAAUGCAAGUAGCAUAGUUAGUAUGGUGGCAGGGUACUUUUUAAUUACUACAAACACAAAAUGUUCAUGCUAGUUUUUAGUACUCCAAAAACACAUUAAUCAAUUGUGAUCUAAGUGCCUUAUUGAUAUUGAUAACUCUACGUUUUCUAUGAUAGUUUUUAUGAUCUUUUAAUCGAGAAGCAAUGUUAACAUAAGAGUUUCUCCCUAUUAAUUAAUCAUUUCAAAAUGUUGAUAUUUAUAGAGAUUUUUAAACUGUACAGGAAAGUCAAUUUCAUGUAAUCAUUGUAUAAAUAUGUAGUUUUAUUAAUCAUGAUUAAUAAACGAUCUAACC